AGACUCAAUUCCUACAUCCGCAGUCAGAACGCUCCUUUGGCAGAUGAAGGAGUACGGGAUUUACCUUGCUCGAGUACAUCUACUUCGUUCAGUCUCAUUUUCCUUGGAUUGAAUGUGAGGUUGGAAAAUGAGUUUUGGUGUUCUCGACUGUUGCCUUGACCGGAAGACCAGUGGGGGCCGUUUCAGCCUCACGGAGCUGAACAUAGCCUUGCUUGAGCUAAGGCAGCAGCGCAAUGCGGGGCAUUCCUCCUGCAUCUACUCGACUCCUCUUCUGUUCGACCUCCUAAGCCUGAGGAUCCAUCUCAUCGGCGACUCCGAUGCCGGACGUACAUAAUUACACGGUCGGCUUCGUCUGUGCCCUCACCACUGAAGCCGUCGCGCUGCGCUCCUUUUUCGAUGAACAGCAUGAACCCCCAGUCAUUCCAUCGCUCCACGGCUCCAGUCAGGACAACAAUGUAUACACCACGGGAAAGAUGGAAAGCCAUAACGUUGUGGUCGCCUCGUUGCCACAGGGCAAAUACGGCAUAUCCCCAGCAACGAGCGUUAUCGGCGACAUGGUGCGCAGUUUCCCGAAUUUGCGAUGUUGUUUGAUGGUAGGUAUUGGUGGCGGUGCCCCGAGCAAAAACCAUGAUAUUCGCCUUGGAGACAUCGUCGUGAGUGCACCAGUUGGGAGGACCGGUGGCGUACUCCAAUACGAUCACGGGAAGGCUAUUCAACAUCAGCCAUUCAAGAUAACCCAGCACCUCAAUGAGCCACCGUCGUUCUUAUUGUCCGCCGUAGGUAAACUCGCACAAGACUACGAGUUGGAAGGACAUCAGCUGCAAGAUAUGGUGGGCGGCGUCCUCACCAAAUACAAACGGUUGGCGAGAAAGUACCGACGCCCGGCGGCGACUACCGACCGCCUAUACGUCCCCAAUUUUGUCCAUCCAGGACCUAGCGGUUGCUCCGCGCUCUUCGUCGACGACGCGUCGACCAUCGUCCAGCGAGCAGCCCGAAAUGAAGACGUAGACGACCCUGCUGUACAUUACGGAAUCAUAGCAACGGGAUCAUCUCUCAUGAAAGUCGCCACAGUCCGAGAUAAGUUGGCCGAGGAAGAGGACGUUCUAUGUUUUGAAAUGGAAGCGGCGGGAUUGAUGAAUCGCUUUCCUUGCCUUGUCAUCCGCGGAAUCUGCAACUAUUCGGACUCUCACAGAAACGACGACAGGCACGGAUAUGCGGCGAUUAUGGCAGCAGCAUACGCCAAGGAGAUCCUGCGUGUUCUGCCUCCUUCGAAGGUCGCAGCUGUGGAGAAAAUCAGCAAGAUGCUCAGGAUAUAGAGGAGUGCGUGAACGAAAUGACGCGAACGGUGCAAGAAUCCUGCGCUGAGCGAGAGGAAGAAGAGAUCUUGCACUUGCUCACACCUACGGACUACACCUCCCAGCAAAAUGCCUAAACGAUGAGCGCAUGAAGAAACCGGU